UUUCAGACCAAAGUUUGGCAUAGCAGCCUUGCAGCGCGGCUUUUGAAUUCCUCGCCAAUGCGGCAUGGUCCGCUGGUCGGUUCUGACGUGGACACCAUUUGCAGCCUGGAGCGGGAGUGCCUAGCCCAGGACCAGGUGUGCCAGGCGCGGGUGGCGGCGGCGGAGGCCAAAGCCGGCGAGGCCAAGCUGGAGCUCGAGAGCCUGGCGCGGGCCCUGGCCCAGGAACGCCAGGAGCUGCUGGCGGCGCUGAUGCGCCAAGAGCGCGCCACGGAGGCGGAGGUCAGCAGAAGAACUAGGCAAGCGGAGAGCUGCGCACAAGCAGAGGAGCUCAAGCUGCUCAACGCCCAGCGAGCAUUGUCCGCAGCGGAGGCCCGGCGAGACCAGGUUCGGCGCCAGGC